GACUUCGUAAAGCAGAAGAGACUUUUAUUGAGCAACAUAUUCACAGCUAGUACUUUUACCUGAUAUAGAGCCACUACACCACACCGGCGAUAUGGCUGACUACAUCCUCCAGUUCCAGACAUUGUCCUCUCAAGUCCGCUGGAAUGAGGCCGCCCUCGUUGCCAGAUUCAAGGAUGGACUGUCCGCCUCCGUCAAAAGAGGAUUGACCAGUUGCUGGGACACUUUGGUGUCUCUCAGCGACACUCAAGCCAAAGCCCUGGUAGCCUAUCAGAAUCAAGAGCACAUGAAUCGUGUCACAGGUCAGCAUCAUCAGCAACACAAUCGUAAUCGUCCGCAACCCUACGUCCGUCCCCAAGCCCAGCCUGCAGCGCAGUCUACUGAGAAAGGUGCCGCUAACAUGUCCAUGGACCUCGACCAGGUCCGCUCCCGCCGCCUGACGCCAGCCGAAAAGAAAUACAGAAGGGAUAACAAUCUCUGUUUGUACUGCGGUGAUCCAAAUCACUUCGCCGCCAGCUGCCCCAAGAAAACCUCUCUCACUGAAAUCCAGUUCUCCUUUGACGAUGAAGCGGGAAACGGUUCCGCCUAGAUCCUGCCGAGGACUGGAUCUUAGGCAAUGUCUUUGUCUCCUCUGCUGCUCCAGCAAACUCCCGUAUCUGCAUCCUGAUUCCUGUCACUGUAUCUUCACCCACCCAAACUAUCUCCACACAAGCCCUCAUCGACUCUGGUGCGCAAAAGUCGUUCGUCGACAACAAUUUCGUCAAGACAAACGGUUUAGCCACCAAACCCUUGCCCUACGCUGUCGGCCUCGACAUGGCCGACGGCAGUCCCAGUUCCCAUGGUCCUGUCACGCAUGAGACCCUCGUUCCCAUCACCAUCGCGAAUCAACACCAUGAAACCCUGCCCCUUAAAGUCACCACCCUCAAAUACCAUGAUAUUAUUCUCGGAGUGGAUUGGCUCCGCAUGCACAACCCAGCCAUCAACUGGCGCCAGCAUGUGGUGACCUUCCAUGACGACUUCUGCAAUAAAAACUGUAUUAAACAGUGUCCUGCUCCUGUUCCUGCUCCUGUUCCUGCUCCUGCUCAUG